GACUUCGACCUCUUUCAGGGGGCGUACCCCCUCGCGGCGCAGCACGCGGCGCGCCUAUUCGGCGCGAAGCAGCUCGCCAGCAUGCUCGGCGAGGCGAAGGCUGCCGAGCGCAGCUGGCGCGCCCUGCUGCGGCGCGAGUCUCGGCAACCGCGCGGCCAGCUGCCGUCGGUGGAGGUGUUGUGA